GCAAGCUUUGAAUGCUCUAUAACCACUUUUAAGACUCCAUUAAUAUAUAUAGUCAACUUUCACCUUCCUCCUUCAGCUCCAUCUUUCAGUUGGAAUCACUUUUCUUUGCUAAGGGUCUUAAGGCCUUGCUCAAAGCCUCAGACACAAAUCCAUCUAUCUCCAAAAAUGGGCAUCUUCUGUGGAGCAACUUUGGCUUUUGUAUUGGCUUUGGCAGCAUUUGCCAUAAGAGGGGAUGCUCAGCCUCUUGUUCCGGCCGUCGUGACGUUCGGAGACUCUGCCGUGGACGUCGGGAAUAAUGACUAUAUCCACACCAUUUAUAAGGCUAAUUACCCACCUUAUGGGAGGGACUUUGUCAACCAUCAACCUACUGGAAGGUUUUGCAAUGGAAAGCUAGCCACUGAUCUCACUGCUGAAACUUUGGGCUUUACUACUUACGCACCAGCUUAUCUGAGCCCUCAGGCAUCCGGAAAGAACCUUCUUAUUGGAGCCAACUUUGCUUCUGCUGCAUCUGGCUAUGAUGACCAUACAGCCUACUUGAAUCAUGCAAUUCCGUUGUCGCAACAGUUGGAUUACUACAAGGAGUACCAAGGCAAGCUAGCCCAAGUAGCAGGAAGCAAACAAGCUGCAUCAAUCAUAAAGGAUGCAUUAUACUUGGUGAGUGCUGGUAGCAGUGACUUCUUCCAGAACUAUUAUGUCAACCCUUUCCUCAACAAAGUCUACACUCCUGACCAGUACUCUUCAUACCUUGUCGGCAUCUUUUCAAGCUUCAUCAAGGACUUGCAUGGGUUGGGAGCCAGGAGAAUUGGGGUGACUUCACUCCCACCAUUGGGUUGCCUUCCAGCGACUAGAACUCUGUUUGGUUCCCACGAAAAUGGCUGUGUCUCUAGGAUCAACACUGAUGCUCAAGGAUUCAACAAGAAGAUCAACUCAGCUGCAAAAACUCUCCAAAAGCAACUUCCUGACCUCAAGAUUGCCAUCUUUGACAUUUUCAAACCCCUUUAUGACCUUGUCCAGAAACCUUCAGAUUUUGGUUUUGCGGAAGCAAGGAGAGGUUGCUGUGGAACUGGGACAGUAGAGACUACGGUAUUUUUGUGCAAUCCCAAGUCACCAGGAACUUGUGCUAAUGCUACACAAUAUGUGUUUUGGGACAGUGUUCAUCCAUCACAGGCUGCUAAUCAAGUUCUUGCUGAUUCGUUGAUCAUAGAAGGCAUCAGCCUCAUCGGAUGAGGUUACGCUUUCUGUAAUGUACACUACACAAUGUACCGACACUGUUUACUACCACUAUGUGUUCUUGUGAAGAACAAAGGUAAACCUUGUUCUGUGUCUCUGAAGUUUCAAGUGUAAUAAGGACUUCGAAAAGGGCUAAAAUGGAUAGGAAGUUUACAGUUUUUAAGAUUA